AAAAAAUGGUACGCGCUAACAUGAAGACCGGACCAAUUCGUAACAAGUUGAUGGAUGAUGGCGUGGUGUUUGUGCCGAAUGUUAGUGCAUGUCAGAAGAUAUUUAUGUCAGUUCUUGACGAUGAAGCACGUCAUUGGUUUCUGUAUCUCGUCAAUAUCUAGCAAAAAACUGCAUUUUUGCUUGACAGUCUACCUUCAACUAGUGAGGCGAAUCGUAAGCGUAAAUCAGCACUAUGCAAGAAAUUGUUGUCCAAAUUGGAUGAUAUUUUCAAACUGGAGCGCAUGAGCAAUGUAGCAGUACCAAAUUUUGGAGAUUUCAAUUUUGAAGAGCUACGAGUUCAAGGGCAAAGGAAUAGUACCAAGUGUGGUGUGCACGUCAUGCAGUGGAUGCGCUAUGGAUCCAAGGAUCUGGAUAGAGUGGAGAAGAACACAGAUUACAGGCUCGAAAGGAGAUUCUAUGGUAUCUGGCUACACAUUCUGAAAACCGUGCACGAGAAAAUAUUUUCAAGCAUAUAGUAGAUGAAUGCAUGGAACGAGG